AAGAAAUUCAUCAGAAUGUUGUCGUCAGAGGACUUGUCAUACGGCAUGAUCCGCUUCAAUUUGAAGUUGGUGCUGUUAUUGCUGUGUGCUGCAGUAGUUAUUGUAACACUGUCGUUGUGGACACGCUGUGGCGAGGUUGUUCUGGCAAACAGGGGUCGCAAGAACAGCGGCCAGGCUGCAGAAUGGGAUACCGGAAACAAGAAACUUCCAAACGGACAGGAUACAUAUGGUGGAGAGGUUGUAGAACAUGGUGGUAACAGUGAUUUACAGGGGUAUGAAGAAAUUGAAUGUAAUAUCAAUGGAGAACAUAGUAUAGGUUGUCGCAAAGAAGGCGGAGAAAUCUAUCUACCUUUCUCCUUUUUGCAGAAGUAUUUUGAGGUUUAUGGAAAAUUAGCGACUUACGAUGGCUAUGAGAGGUUUGAGUGGUCUCACAGCUAUUCCAAAGUAUAUUAUCCGAAAGGAAAAUACGACCCCCGUGGAGUAUUCAUGUACUUCGAAAACUACAAUGUGGAAGUGCGGGACCGCGUGAAGUGUGUGAGUGCUACAGAAGGUGUACCGGUGUCCACGCAAUGGGAGAGUCAGGGUUAUUACUAUCCAACACAAAUAGCACAGUUCGGCUUGUCUCACUACAGCAAGAAUCUCACAGAACCUGAACCUCGUCGUACCGUACUUGAAGAUGCAGAAAGUGAUUUGUUAGCGCAUUGGGUGGUGCCAAAUGGUGCAGCACUGAGUAGAAUAUUGGAUCCACGUACUGGUAGUCAUGUGGUACAGUUUUCAAGUCCAGACUCGGUAACAAGUGGUAUUUCGCUUAAACUGGAUCAUGUUCUUGACUUCGUUCUGAGUCUGAACUUCGUAUUUACUAUCAACAGCAGUUUCACAGUUGUUCUUCAGUCACGAGAGAAACGGGACCAGAUUUUUCAUUUGCACUACAUAUGCUCCGAUCUGCUCAUCUCAGCGCAAGAUCAGUACGUGUAUCACGGCAUUGGACACUGUGAACACACUCAGCCAUGGCGAAGACUUACUCGUGACCUUGUCGUUGACCUGCACAAGGGAUUGGCGUACCAGAAUAAACCGAAGAGAAAACUGUCCAGAUCCAAGCUCAAGGUGGUAGGCCUGACAUUUCGUGGUUCGGGUCAGCUGGAUAACUUGACGCUGUCAACCAGUGAGCACUUGUCGCAGUUUUAUGAUGCAGCACAGUGGCUGGUGCUCCACCAAGACGCUUCCACCGGUGGCUGGCCUAAUCCUGUUCGUCGACGUGUAGCUCCAGGCAUGGCCGAUCUUGAACCAGGCUGGUACUCAGCAAUGGGGCAGGGUCACGCUUUGUCCGUUCUGGCACGCGCGUACCAUCAUUCAGGUGGCGAUACCUCAUACCUCCACUCAGCUUUGGCUGGUCUACGACCAUUUGAGGUGGCAAGUUCAGCUGGUGGAGUCCUGGCUCGCUUCUUGGGGCACAUUCCCUGGUACGAAGAGUAUCCCACACAGCCUGCCUCAUUUGUUCUCAAUGGCUUCAUCUAUGCUCUGCUUGGGUUAUAUGACUUGGGCGUAGUUGCUCCUUCUGCAUCGCAGCAGGCUACCCAACUGUUCAGACAAGGAAUGGUCUCACUGAAACAACUUUUACUUUUAUAUGAUACUGGGUCUGGGACUACUUAUGAUCUCAGGCAUUUCAUGCUAGGUAUAGCGCCAAACUUGGCCCGAUGGGAUUAUCAUGCCACCCAUGUAAAUCAGCUGCUUCUGCUGGCAACUAUUGACCAUGACCCUCUUCUGACAGCGACUGCAGAGCGUUGGAUUGGCUACAUGAGUGGCAAGAAGGCACCACACAACUGAUCUGUAGAAAGGGCGCAAAAUAAUGGUAGCAGAAGAAGUCUGUACUGACAGAAAUAUAUGAGAUCAACACAUUUGUGCCAGAUUCCACUUUACGUGAAUACUUGUAUGGGCGUUGCAUUUUAUAAGAAUUUAGUCAAAAAUGGAGAAGAAACGUAAACAGCUGUGGAUCAAAUGGCAUGCUGAAAAUGCUGGAAUUGUAUAAAUUCAGAUAUUUUUAUUCUGAAAUUAAUAGUAACUGUGACUUUUGUGCAGGGUUGGAAUUGUAAUGAGACAUUUAUCACCGAGCAGGUGGUGAACACUUUGAAACACGGGGUGCAAUAUGGCCACUGGUAUGUUGUAUGUUGCGGUCUUAAUGAGGUAACCAGUAACACUUACGGGCAGCGUGACCCCACUGGUGAGUCAUUCCGUCUCGUGGAACAGCCGUCUGCUGAGUUGGUCCUAAUUGAGUAGGAUAUAUUUAUAUGCAGGGAAGGAUUAAUUACGCUCGUACUCAUUUUUGAUGUGGAGUUCAGGUGUUGUACAAAUUAUUUUGUGGUUGAUGUGGAAGUCUGGACUUUAUUUACGAUUCUGUGUGAUUGUUUACAUGCGAGAAAGGAAAACAAAUGUUUGAAUAUUGGCAUGGUUUGUAUUGCUUCCUUUGGUCUAAAUAAUUUUGUCUUACACCAGGCAGCGUUACAGUGAAACACAUACGUACUAGUCAUACAAAUGCAGAUGAUUUGAUCAUGGACUUGGAGUAAUGUUAUUUAGCAGCUGUGCCAUGUUUUUAUAUAUAUACAAUUUUCCUGGGUCCAUGUAUAAAAUUUGCAUCUUUCAUUGCCAUGAUAUAUCUUGGUUCGGUCUGUGACGGUACAGAACAAACAUUGUAUAUUAUCCCAUUAUUAGUCCAUAAUCCUUCAUAGUUCUAGUUUGUACUUGUGAGGAGCAUUUAAAACACUCUUAUCUGUGAGAUGGUUCUGUCAUAUGAAUAACUUAAAUCUAGUGUGAAUAAGUACUGAAAGGUAUUGUAUUUUAAGAUUCGCAAAAAUGUUCCAGUUUGUAACUUUAUUCUGCACUAGUCAAAUUUUGGCACUAUAAAUAAUUAAAUCAGAUCCUGAUGAAUGGUAUUUGUAUAGUUUCUACCAGACGACAGUUUGAGAGUGUUGUUUAAAUGUCUGAUUGCGACACAAGCGUAUUACAAACUAUGUAAGUUGUGUUUCAUUUUUGUGAGGUUAAGAUGUUCUUUCAACAUGUGGCAUCGUUGCAGAUUUAUGAUUUUUGAAUGGCUGUAGUCUGUGGAGUGUGAAGCGUUGUAGGGUUUCUUUGCUCUGCGGAUUGCAGCAUGUGACAAAUCAUUUACUUGUACGUUUGCGGUUGAGAGGAAUUUAACUACUACUACAAUUAUUCUGCAGUCUUCAUGGUGGGGAUUGUUAAAAAAACAACUUCCACCCGAAACAGUCACUAACUUCAUAACUUGAAAUUAUGCCAGAUAAAUAAAAUCAGAACAGUCCAAGUGGCAAUGAGUUCUCUUAAUUUUACAAAAUAUUGUAACUGAGGUAAAUUAGGAAGUUCACGUUUUUAAAUUCUGUUAUAUUUUCCCCUUACCCUACAAAACUUUACUUUUAACAUUGCCAGAUAAAUGCAAGUUACAGAUUGGUAAUGGAUGUAUUUAUUUGGAAAUUGGUAACUGUUAAUGGGCACAUAUGAGCUACUGUGAUUAGAAAAAUUCUAAUAGGGGUAAAACUUCCAGAACUGCACAUAUUUUUUAUGGAAUAAAAACAGGGAAAAUUUUGUUUCAGGAAUAAACUGUUGAAGAUGUGUAACAGUUAACAAUGACCUCCAUAAUUUUAAAAAUUUUGUUGGCUUUUAAAAUUUCACUAGUGGUUUUCAUAUAUGACAUUCAACCAGAUAAUUUUGCAGCUUGUGUGGCUCAGUUUUUCACGGUCGUCUCGAUUUAGUCGUUCCAAUGUGCGUGACAGUGUAGGGUCCUUGUUACUUGCACAAAUUUGGUAUUGACCGCUGUUAUUUUCUUCUGUUACCUAUAUUUUGUGAACUGUGAGGCUGCCAUCUGUUGACUUACUGACAAACCUGGACCAUUUUUGACCAGUAGAAAAUAGUUGUAUAGGUGCUAGUAAGCGAGUAAUAUUUGGAGCAACCAAAUUUUUACAAGUCUUGCAGAAUGUGGAUAUGACAAGUUGAGCGGAGACGGAUAAAAGGAGGACGGUAAUUUACAAUGCUAAUUAUCGAAUUUAUAUUCCAAAGACUUUGUUAUUUGAAAGUACAGCGGUGAACUCUGCAGUGAGGUAUUGCAGAAACGUACCACCUUUACAACUGUAUUCUUUUUUACUUAAAAAUGGCAAACAUUUCUGUGUCCAAUAUAGACACCUGUCGAUUCAACCCUUCAGAUAUGGAAACUGACUUGACUGGACUCGACUCCGACUCCAAGUGAUAGAAUUUUGCUCAAGUAAGCUGUUCUCUUUUUCUCUCUUCUGUCAUUAAGACAUGUACAGAAUCCUUUUUUUUUUUUUUUUCCACUUCUAAUGGUGCUAAUUCUUCAUCCUUGAUAUAAUAAAGGAGAUAGAUGAAACUUAUUCUUGUAGAAUGGAACCUGUAUUUCUUUUUUCUUACAUGAUAUUUAAAAAGUAUGCUGAAUAAGGGUAUAUGUGAUGUGGAAAAAUAAACAAAAGCUGUUAUAAUGCUGUAAUAUUGGUAGGUGACAACAAAGUUGCACAUUGCUUUCCUUUUGAUUAAAAAAAAUGAUUAAUUACAAAUCCCCUGUCACUUAUAUGUGAUGUACAUUUUUGUAUAUACUUGAGAUCAGUUAACAACUUUAAAGUCUCAUUCAUAAUGCCUUAAUAUUGUUUUGGGGUUUGUUCAUGUUUAAAAAACUGCUAAAUCAUUGAACCUCAACACAAGAGUUUAAUGAUUCUAUAGUUACAGUACUUGUAAUAUGUGAAGUGUGUACAUUGUGUGCGUGGUAACGGUUAAUACCUGUGUACCAACUUACCUGACUCAGUUUAUAUUUCUCCUUGAGAGCGUUUGAAAAAGAGUCAAUUGCAGUGUCAUAUUACUGUGUUGAGCACAAAAAACAAACUGCACCGUGACAUGUAUAUUAUAGACGCAAACUUAGCAAGUGCUCAGAAGUCGCUACAUACUUCUUUAUUUGUUCCACACUUUGUAUAUGUUGCAUGUGAUCCAUUGUUCAUAAUUAGUGGAUGUUAAUUAUAUGAGUAUGUCAAACAAAACUCUUGCAUUAUGCAUUUGUUAAUGAGAAAAUCUAAUGGUUAAAAAUUUACCAUAUUCCAAAUUUGCACACGCGCGUCUUGUUCUGCUUUGAAAUGUAUAAAGAAAAGUGAGCUUCCAGCUUCACUACAGCAAAAAUCCAUGGUACGAACUGUCAUCCAAGUAGCGGUAAUAUUUUAUAUCAGUGAUUUAAUUAUGAAGUCAGUUUCCUUGCUUUUAAGCCACAUAAUACAAUAAUGAUUAUAUAAUAGUAUAUUAAUAUAAUGAUUAUGUGGUAUGAUGACUGAAUUUUGGGAUGAAAGUUUUAUUUUAUUUAUAUGAAUAAAUUGUCAUAGUUAGCGGAUAUAUUCAGUUAUCAAAGUGGAAUGUGAAGUGAGGUGGUAACUUCAGAAAAGUGCUUUAUUUUUUUAAUUUCCGCAAUUUUAGGUAUUUAAACGCUGAUGAGCAUGUAUAUAUAUGUGUGGUUAAAUGAAAAUGGUUUCAAGAGAAUACAUCUGAACAUGAUUGUUCCCUGAUGGUUUUGAAACAUCUGUCACUGGUUGUUUGGUGAAAUUAACUUCAGAUUGUUUAAUUUUAUAGAUUUUAAAUUAUAAAAUAAGUAUGUUGAUUACUGUAGCCAUUGUAGUUCAAAGGUACUGGAAGGUUUGUGAAAUUCUUGCCAGUUUAGACUGGGAAUGUGAUGAUUAAGAUUAGAUUUGUGACAUGAAUUUGAUUACUUUUAUUUAAAUUGUAAAACAUAUGAAAAAACAGCUGAUUGAAGAGAGGGUGGCAGCUGGGAGGGAACCUUAUGUGUGACAAGUAUAUCAUCCUUGGAAUUUUCAUUUUGCCAAACAUGACGGAAAAUUCAUGUACUGUUCAGAUACCAUUUCACUUCAUUCCACCUUGAGCUCAGGCUAAGAUAUCAACAGAAGUGUAAGGUACUGAAUUUCUGUCAAGUCCAGUUGAAAGCCUUCUAGCUUUCUGAUAGACUAGCAUUUAUACCAGGUGCGGCAGAGGAAACGCAUGUUUUUCAAAUAACAAUAACUUGGUUGAUUUUAAAGUUAAAAAAAAUUAAUUACACAAAAAGAAAGGUUUUACAAUGCAGUUUCUGUUGAACAUUUUUGAAUCACUUCCGAAAAAUAACGUCCGUCAAGUGAAGACCUUCCUUCUGUACGCACUCUUGCAGCCUCUCCUCGAAAUUCUGCAUUGCUCUUCCCAACAUUUCUUGCCCCACAGUAGCGAUUUCCUGGCGAAUGGAAUCUUUCAGUUCCUGGAUGUUGCGUGGUUUGUUUCUGUAGACCUUUGAUUCGAGGUAACCCCACAAAAAAUAGUCACAUACGGACAGGUCAGAGGAGCGAGGCGGCCAAGGGAUAUCACUGAAACGGGAGAUGAACAGCAAUUAUGGAUUCAUCACUUUUGAUAUAAUUUUCAAUCACAAACACCCGAUGCUCGCGGGUCCACGGUGCCAUGGCUAGUGAAACUGCAUCAUCUAAGCUGUCUAUUAGCAAGGGGCGGAAAUCCCCCACCCUCCUUGCCAAGUACUAGCCAUUCGAAAAAACACGCGUUUCCUCUGUUGCACACAGUAUUACUACAAAAAUAAAGACAAUACUUAACACUUAUAAUCUUCUCAUGUAUUUUAAUGUACGUGGUUCGUCAAAUAGGUACAAGGGUGUUAAGAAUACCUAUUUGUUUACUUAUGAUCCUUAAUAUUAUUUUACUGUUAUGUAAUGUCUUAUAUUAAAUGGCAGAAUAUAAUUUGGUAAUGUAUACUGGAAGGAGCAUUUAUAACGUGCCCAUUGGCUGAAACCAACAACCACUGUAAUCAAAAUUACAACAUGCUAUAGUUAUCUUUCGAGGAUUAAAUUCAUUAGAAUGCUUUUCUGUGCGUCUAACACUUGUAAAGGUAACAGGUUGUGACGUUCAGCUGAAAUCAGAGCUUUUUCCGUGGCUAAGUUCUGAAUGUCUUGUCGAACUGUUCUGCGCCGAGGGCGAGGAGGCAUGACGUGGCACAUUUCUGCAAGUUGUACACUUGUCGGCUGCAUCAUUAUUGCGAAAGACAUGCAGACUUGUUUAUUUAUAAGAGUAAUUUUCAAAAGCUGAUUGUCUGGGUAAUAUUGAAGUGGAUCUGGUAAGGUGUUGGUAGCAAGAGCACUUGAUUUACAGUUGAUGUAAGGCAUUGUGAAGUGUAGUCAGUUUAUAUUUUGGUUCGUAAAUUGAGUUUGUUAUUUGCUGUGUGGGUUGUCAUUAAAGUGUCUUAAUUAUAUUUUGCAUUGCUGGUACUUGGCUAGCAGUGUCACGUAGGAAAGGCUAAGCUGAGGCAAAGAAAUGUUUGUACGUAGACUGUAGCGUUCUGAACGCAAGAAAUUAUCUCCUCAUUUGUUACCUGAUUGUUAGUUUGUGAAAUGCAGGCUUUGGUUGGAGUUGAUGUUCUCACAGCAGCGAGUAUGAAGAUGGCUGUC